UGUAGUUUAGUUUUUAUAUAUGUCGCAUUAUUGAGAUAAAUUUCUGAAUUAUGGAAUUCAACGCAGGCUACAAUUCCACAAUGAUGAUGUCAUCAACUUCUUCUGAAAAUAUAACAUUAAUUGCAUGGAAGGAUUUGGAAAAGGAGGCCUGGGAGCGAGGAAUAUUCAGUCUGUCUGAAGCAAUUGCGUUUUCAGUGGCAGUUGGACUGAUGUUCAUAUUUAGUACGAUUGCAAACAUUGUCACAAUAACUGUUAUAGCGAAGACGCCAAAGUUGAUAUCAUCACCAUUCAACAUCAUGAUCAUUAGUCUGUGUGUUUCUGAUCUGAUAUCAACUAUUUACAGUCCUUUCAUCUUGUUUUGGAAAACAUUUGGCUUGUUCGAGUAUCCACUUCCUGUGUUUUUCUGCAAGAGUACGUUUGCUGUAGAUUAUUGGACGAACUCCGUGACUAUCCAACAUAUACUAUGUUUUCUUGCGAUCAGAUUGAUUGCAAUGAAGUAUCCGCACAGGCUAAAAAGAUUUACCAUCCAAAGGGCUAAGAUGUUAGUGUGUUUUAUUUGGCUUGAAACGGCUCUGGGAAAUUUGAUAUUUGCAAUGUGGCUUCCUCAUGUGUAUCCUUCAUCUGAUUUGAGUCCUACCGGCAAAUCAUGUGCAGUUCAUCAUGCAAGAUGGAAAUACGCAAGAUUAUUUUUCUACAUCGGCCAUCCUAUAUUUUUGUUUAUACCUACAAUUCUGAUUGUAAUAUUGACAUUUUUUUUAAUUGGAGUUCUCACGAAGAGGAUGGAAAGCAUUCGGGAACGAAAAAAGAACGAUGCAAACCUGAAGAAAGAAAAUGCUGCUCUGAUUCAACUUACGCUGAUCGUACUUUCUUUCUUGAUUGGAUACUUGCCAGAUUUCGGAUAUAAAAUCUUUCUCCUAAUUUACAACGUGUUGAGAAAAAGAGUUGACGCAAGAAGUUCCUGGCUUUUCAGCAUGUUGGCCCACAUACUCCUGAGAAUUUCCGAAUGCCUGAAUCCCGUGUUCUACAAUCUAGGUUCUAGUCAAAUGAGAGAAGCUACGUUCAAAUUUCUUCGAAUUGGAGAGAACGGACCAGCAGGAGAACCAAUACCAUUAGAUGGCGUAAAAGAAAAAUCUGAACAAACACACAAAACAGCCGCUAGUUCGGUAUGACUGUGGCAUCGGAUGAUUAUAUUGAAUCUAUCUGUCGAAAAAUGGUUCGCGCAUUGGAAUGCAUCAAUAACUUGAAACCGUUUGAAUUAUUCCGAAAGUGGCCCCAUAUUGUUGGUAAAGCCUUGACUAUCCUAAUGAACAAAAAUACAAUACAAGUCUAUAUGUUUUAACAUUAUAUAAAGUUAUUUUUUAUCAUAUCUGUUGUGGCUAGUAAAAUUUCAUUUAAGCAUUUGAUGUUGUUUAGUCCUUAUUUACUUUUUCGUUGUUUAGUCCCGAUUUUUUUUUUCAUGUGUUGUUUACAUCACCUAUUGAAUAAAAACGUCAUUUGAUAAACAAUAACCCUGUUUUAAUUGGAAGUUAAAAAGUCAUUAUAAGGUAACAGGUGGAAACCAGAAAAAUUG